GAAGAGGCGAGUGGUAAGCGAUUCGUGCGGCGCGACUUCGAGGCUCUGAGGCGAACAGGGAGCAGUAAUGCGCGAGCUCGGAGGCACGUGAAGCCGCACCGGCGCGCGGCAACUCUCCGCCGGAGGACUCCGCCGGAGGAGGGGAGGAGGGGGCGUGGGGGAGGGAGGGGGAGGGUGCCCCGAUGCGCGUGCCCGCAAUGGGCUGCGCCUCCAGCAAGAAACAGCAGUCGGUGGGGCCCGGCGACGAGGAGGAGGAGGGGGGGGAGACCAACGGAGCGAGCGCCGAGAGGGCGCAGCACAACGGGGACGCGCACAAGAAGGGAGACAAACCCUCGAAGACGGACGUGGAAGGGCCGAAGAAAAAGGCCGCCGGCGCCGAUGGGAUCGGUGCUCUCAGCACCAUGCAGAACCACCUCGCCGCCAGGCCCGAUGCCAACGACCGAUUUGCGGGGAUUGCCGGGGAUGCGGCGGCCGGGAAGCUGGGAGUCGGGAGGCAGAUCGUGAGAGAUGGUCUUCAAGUGAGCGGAGGAGCGCGAGCCAACCUGCACCUGUCGGAAAGUCAAAUUGAGUUCUUCCGCAUGUUGGAUGAGAAGAUAGAGCGGGGGCGCGACUACUGCUCUGACGACGAGGACGUGACAUAGGCGAGGACCGCACCUCCCCCCCCCCCCCCCCCCAGUGAGGGGGGGGCUGCCCCCCGCGCCCCCGCCUGCCUGCCGUGAGCGCCACCGGACGGCGUGCGUGUCUCUGUGUACAUACGACGGCGCGGAGUGCAAGACGACGGACAAACUAAACUCCUCUCCCGAACGGGGAGUUGACAGCCGUCCUCCAAUUGCGCGUCACGGCGGGAAAUGCGCUUUGACGCCGCGGAACGGCGGGCGUGUGAGAACCCGCGGCUGGAGCGACGGCAAAGACGAUCGAGACGGGAAGACUGCGAGGCGGAGAGGAGACGGCGUAGAAGUGGUUGCCGAUUGCCGAUGCUCCAAAACGUUUCGAGAAUCCCUUCGCAUGCGCCCAUGCAUUUUUUUUAUCCCUCCGAGUGAAGGACGGGGCAAGGCAGGAGGACAACAAUGACGACGACGACGACGAUGAUGAUGAUGAUGAUGUGUUCGUGAUUUGUUCAUCUCCGAAGAAGCCGACUGCUGAGUCUGAUCGAACGCAACAGUUUGGAGGUUCGUUAAUAAUAAAUAUCUGUAAAUAAUAACGAUCAUGAUGAUGAUGGCAACCAGAAGAAGAUUUUGGGACACGUUCCUCUUGCGGCCGCUUCGACCCAGGAGUCAAUCGACCAGAUUCCGCCGUUGAGAUGGAGAGAGUGAUUGUUUUAAAACAUAAUUUUAGUAUUCUACCCUCUGCAGCUACGUUGCUGUCGUCGUCGUGUUUUUACUUUCCGCGCGCGCAAGGGCUCAUUCCCGGCCGCGGCGUUAUUCGUGGAGCCUGCCGCGCCCCACCCCCCGCCCCAUGCUCUGUUCGCCGCAGGGCUUCCCCUGCGCUCCACUCUACCGGUGACGCCGGCGGCGGCGGCAACCGCAUUCUCCCUCACUCCAAGCCGAUUUCAACCAAACUGGGGGUAGAUAGAGACGACCUUUUUUUUGCUUUGCUCUGCCGUGCGGUUUUUCCGAUUUGGCGCCGUUCGGCACGAUGUCUUGACGGCGUCGCUUGGUGCGCUGUGGGAGCCGCUUCUUCAGGAACUGCUGAAUCUGAAAUCGGUUUGGGGAUACCGUUGAUGGCUGAUGGGCACCGACGGUGAAAUCGUCACGGCAAGAGCCGUGGCAGACGCCACGGAACGCACCGCUGCGGCGGUAACCGCGGAGUGCAUCUGCAGCGGCAACGGGAAUGGUGACGACGAUGACGACGACGACGACGACACAGCUUUGAACAAUGGAAUUAUUUGGAACUAAUUACUUGCUCAGUUACCAAAUUCAGUCGCUGAAGAAGCUGCCGGCGUGU